AUGGAGAAGAAGGAACAAUUAGUCAUGACCUUCUACAAUCCUGAUGUUCCCAAAUAUAAGGAGUACCGGCAAUACCAAAGGCCUACCCUCCCAACUAAAGGUCUUCAGAGUGACUCGAUGACACACCAGAGGCAGAAACAGCUUGUGGAGGAGACACAAAUCUACAUCCGAAUGUUCUGUGGCAGCCUCUGUGGUUUUAGCCUCCUAAUGCAGAUCUGUGCAUCUCCAAUGGACUGGGUGAAGUUCCUGGUGACCAAGAAUGGCCUUGAGCUCUUUGCAGGACUCUGGAUCACAUGCAACCAUGAAGAACUGUGCUGGGGCUACACAACCAAGCCACCUUAUUACAUCCAAUAUUCCAGAGCCUUCUUCAUCAUCUCUGUCAUCACCAUACUUAUCUGCCUAGGAUGGCUCUUCAAUUCUUGCCUCCCUAGACGAGGAAACAUGACAUCCAACUUGGAUUUGAAGGUAUCCAUGCUCAGCUUCAUCUCAGCUAUCUCCUUGCUCUUCUGCCUCAUCCUAUUUCUGGCACAAGUUCAGUGGCAUACUAGGGAUAUUAUGGAGUCAGAUCUCUUAUGGACCUAUUAUCUUAAUUGGUGGAGUGAUUUCUUAUACACCUUUGCUGGGGUUGUCUCCUUCCUCAACUUCCUAAGAGCCAGAUCUCUUCCUCUUGAUCAAAAUGUCGCUGUGACUCCCAUGGAGAAGUCAAGGCUGGGGAUUGGUCCAGUGACUGAUGCACAACCUGAAGUCAAAGAAGAAACAAACACUGAAACAGAAUCUUCAAGUGAGGGAGAGUCACAACAAUAAAACACACCUGUAAUGGCAAUAGGAAAACCCCACUGUUGCUUCUCUUAGAAAAAGACAGAGAAGCUAGUUAAGUUGGGGAUGACUGUGCAGAUUCUGGGAGACUCUCUUAAUAUCAUGUCCUCAUUACUGAAGAACUCAGUAUUAAAGUUGAUGAAAUGUCCUUUGUGUACCCUGUAUGAAAAUAUGUAUGUUAGUCAUAAAAUAUCAAAAAUUCACUUAAGAAAAAAUAUUUUC